CACGCUCAAAAGCAGAGAGGCUUUAAAAAAACACAACCAGGACGCUACCGGGAUCCUCUGGAGGACAGCACACCGCCACUGCGUCUCCUGAAGCUGCUGUUAAAAUGAACCACCUGAGACUUCCCGCCCUUGUGCUCGCGCUGCUGCUCGCCCUACGGUUCGCAGACGCGGCGCCAAACAGGUAUUCCAUUUCGUCCAGCGAGCAAGUUGAUGAUGCACCAGAGAGGGAAAGCUGGAUGUUACCGGGAUUCUCAGCACACCCGUUCCUCAGUUUGGUGGGCUCGCGACCCCAGAGAGCUGUCUCAUCGACAAACAGCCACCACUUGGAGAAGCGCAAAUGUAACACAGCCACCUGCGUGACGCAGAGACUGGCCGACUUCCUGAUCCGCUCCAGCAACACCAUCGGCACCGUGUACGCCCCGACCAACGUGGGCUCCAGCACCUACGGCAAGCGGGAGCUGCAGUCAACCAACUACCUGCCGCUCUAGCCGGCCCUGAAGACCAGUAAACAACUCCAAUAUUUCAGCAAAUGUAACAUAACACAUUCUAAAAUCCGAUCGAAUUUAUUUAUUAAUUCAUGAAAUUUUAUUUUGUAUUUUGGAAAAAACAGUGAAAAACCAGUGCCUUUUGGACUUGACUGCACCGUGGUUUUAGCAUAAGAGCAACUGAUAGUGAGCUCCACUUUGGCUCUGUUCGGCACGUAAGGCUACGUCCUUCGGUUUGGCCCCACAAUGCAAUGGCAUGUGAAUAAAAUAUGACGUAUAAGGAGAAAGAAGAUUGCUCACAU